AUGUCUGAUCCAAGCUCCAUCAAUGGUGGUAUUGUCGUCGCCAUGACCGGCAAAGACUGCGUCGCGAUCGCGUGCGAUCUUCGACUAGGAAGUCAAUCGCUAGGUGUGGCCAACAAUUUCGAAAAGAUAUUCCAUUACGGUCAUGUCUUUCUGGGACUCACAGGGCUUGCAACGGACGUAACAACACUUUCGGAAUCGUUCCGUUACAAGACAAAUCUCUAUAAGCUCAAAGAGGACCGUCUCAUAGAACCUGAUACCUUCACACAGCUGGUUUCGAGUUCUCUAUAUGAGAAGAGAUUCGGACCAUAUUUCACAGGUCCUGUGGUUGCUGGUAUUCAUUCAAGGACAGGAAAGCCCUACAUUGCAGGUUUCGACCUCAUCGGCUGCAUUGACGAGGCAAAAGAUUUCGUGGUAAGCGGAACCGCUUCAGAACAGCUGUUUGGUAUGUGCGAGUCCCUAUACGAACCAAACCUGGAGUCUGAGGAUCUUUUUGAGACCAUAAGUCAGGCGCUCCUGAACGCUGCAGACCGUGAUGCUCUAUCGGGCUGGGGUGCAGCCGUCUACAUAAUAAAAAAGGACCAGGUCAUCAAACGGUACCUCAAGACCAGACAGGACUGA